UGCUGACCCUGGAAGGAACAAAGGAAAAGCAAGUGGAGAAAACAAGCAACCAAACAGGAGAAAGAGGAGAGAUGAGGAAGGCUGAGGACAAAGAUGGGGAGGAGACAACGGAGGGCAGAAAUAAUAGCAGUUGACCUUAACAUUAGCAUCUCAGUGUUUUCUCAGAAAUAUGGAUGUAUUGUGAAAGAGACAAAGAUGGCAGCAAAGUGACUACAGUUGUAGCAACUCCUGGACAAGGGCCUGACCGACCACAAGAAGUUAGCUAUACGGACACCAAGGUGAUUGGCAAUGGAUCUUUUGGUGUCGUGUAUCAAGCCAAACUCUGCGAUUCAGGAGAGCUUGUGGCCAUCAAGAAAGUGCUGCAGGACAAAAGAUUUAAGAACCGAGAGCUCCAGAUCAUGAGAAAGUUGGAUCACUGUAACAUUGUCCGAUUGCGUUAUUUCUUCUACUCUAGUGGAGAGAAGAAAGAUGAGGUGUACCUCAACUUGGUGCUGGACUAUGUUCCUGAAACAGUAUACAGAGUUGCCAGACAUUAUAGUCGGGCCAAACAGACACUCCCUAUGAUCUAUGUCAAGUUGUACAUGUAUCAGCUGUUCCGGAGUUUAGCCUAUAUCCAUUCCUUUGGAAUCUGCCAUCGGGAUAUAAAACCACAGAACCUCUUGCUGGACCCUGAUACAGCUGUUCUAAAACUCUGUGACUUUGGAAGUGCAAAACAGCUGGUUCGUGGAGAGCCUAAUGUCUCUUACAUCUGCUCUCGGUACUACAGGGCACCAGAGUUGAUCUUUGGAGCCACCGAUUAUACCUCCAGUAUAGAUGUGUGGUCAGCAGGCUGUGUAUUGGCUGAACUGUUACUAGGACAGCCAAUCUUUCCAGGUGACAGUGGUGUGGAUCAGUUGGUGGAAAUAAUCAAGGUCCUGGGAACGCCUACAAGGGAGCAAAUUAGAGAAAUGAAUCCAAACUACACUGAAUUCAAAUUCCCUCAGAUUAAGGCACAUCCCUGGACUAAGGACUCGUCAGGAACAGGACAUUUCACCUCAGGAGUGCGGGUCUUCCGACCCCGCACUCCACCAGAAGCAAUCGCGCUAUGUAGCCGCCUGUUGGAGUAUACCCCUACUGCCCGCCUGACUCCCCUGGAAGCAUGUGCACACUCUUUCUUUGAUGAACUACGGGACCCAAAUGUCAAGUUACCAAAUGGGCGAGAGAAACCUGCACUCUUCAACUUCACCACUCAAGAACUGUCAAGUAACCCAUCUCUGGCUUCGAUCCUCAUCCCUGCUCAUGCUCGGAAUCAAGCAGCUGCUUCAACCCCUACAAAUGCUACAGCAGCCUCAGACACCUUCAAAACCUCCCUGUUGGCCUGGAGCCAUACCAUGCUGAGCUGUGAUCCUGUCAGAAAGUGUUAACCAUGGGAUGUUAACGCAGGAGAGCGAGCUCAGACCAAUAGCGCAGCUUCAGCCUCCGCCUCCAACUCCACCUGAACGGGUCCCGAGCAGCCAGCUGCACAGGAAGAAUCACCAGUAAUUUGAGUCUCACUCAGCAACACUGGUCACAUUUGGAAAGAAAAUUAAAAAGAGGAAAAAAAACAAACAAAAAACAAAACCCAACAACAAACCUGUUCAUUUUAGUGUUCAAUUUUUUUAUUAUUAUUAUUGUUGUUCUUAUUUAACCUUGUAAAAUAUCUAUAAAUACAAACCAGUUUCAUUGUAU